AUGCCAAAUGAUUUAUUAAAUAAUAUGACCAUUAAUAAAAAAGACAACAAGUACCCCUACUGCGUUGUAUUUACAUAUCUUCCUUGUGCCUCUACUUUUAUUCCUACUGUUGGACAUGUUGGAAUAUGUACGUCAACAGGUAUAAUUCACGAUUUUUCAGGAUCGUACAGUGUAUCAGUUGAUAAUAUGGAAUUUGGUGACCCCAUGAAAUAUUGGCAGCUGGAUAAAAAUAAGUUACCCCUAUCAAUAAGUGAUAAGUCAUAUGACGAUGCCAUUUAUAAGACAGAUGAAAUCUUUAAAAAGAGGAGGCAUAACUUAUUUUUGAACAAUUGUCACCAUCACGUAGCAAUGGCCCUAAAUAAUAUAAAGUAUAAGGGAAGGUCUGAUUGGACCCCAUUCAAAGUAUUCUUCAAUCUAAUGAUUCAUGGACAUUUUGUUUCGUGGAAAUAUUUUUUUGUUCUCUAUGGACCUUUUGUAUGUAUGGUUUUAUUGUUUAUUUUUAUUGUAACCAUGAUAUAA